UCUUAUCCAAUAGGUUAUACAAUAUUCUUGAAAAUUUUGGUUCGCGGUUGAUAAAGUUGGCAACUUUCUACGAGUAAAAGGUGCAUGAAGCCAUUAUAAAUAGAGCAUUUUCCAUAGUCCAUAUAAAGCUAGGGGGAACGCACCAUAUCCCAUCAAACAUUAAACAUAAGCUAGAGAUAAACCAGAUAAAGAUGGAUUCGCAACACAAUCGUAAAGGCUUCAUCAAGGGGAAGUUGCUUUCCUUCACUCGGGCUUCAAAAUCUUCUUCGAAUCUUCAGUAUAGCAGCAGAAUGAGGCCAAACCUGUCAUCUGCUUCUGUUCCCUCGAUCACUUAUCUUGUCGAUCAUCAAGACUUUAAUCCUCAGCCUAGACAAAAGGUUUCGCUCUUUGUACCAGAGUACAACUACAAGUCUGUUAACGAGUUUGAAAGCUACUUCAGCACAGUAGAUGAUGAAAAUGUUAACAUGAAGGCUGCAAACUACAUCUCUUCUGUCCGCGAGAGGAUUAAGCUUGAGAGAAUCAACUCUGAAAGAAAUAGCAGCUUAGAAUUAAUCUAAGUCGUACUUCAGAUAAUUAAUUGUCUUUGCUCUUAGGAAAAUCUUCACUCACUUUUCUCUGAUGAUCAACUUCAUCUAUCCAUCUAGCUAGAGUUAUGCAGUUAUGCCAGUCCAAUAGUUUUUCACUUAUAUUUCUCUUGUGUAGUACAUGGGUAGUGUUCUAACUCUUUAAUGUAUGUUACCUCUUGCAUAAUGCUUCGCAAUGCAAUCUUAUUGUUCUU